AACUAUACUUAAUGACUCAGAUACUUAAUCUACAUAUUGCUUAUUUAAAAAUAAGUUAAAGAAUUUUACAUAGAUUCUAAAAUGAGUUUUCCGAAUCGCUUUACACCCAUUUUUUUAAAAUUUUUACCACGACUAAGAAAUAUACAUUACGAUGUUGUUAUUAUUGGUGGAGGGGUAAUGGGGUCUUCAUCAGCAUAUUUUUUAAAGUUUAAGGAACCUUCUCUAAAAAUAGCUGUAGUUGAAAAAGAUUCUACUUACAUGAAAGCGUCCAGUGCUUUAUCAGUUUCAUCUAUUCGACAACAGUUUUCAUGUCCUGAAAAUAUCAAUCUCUCUCGUUGGAGCUAUAAUUUUUUGAAAAAUAUAAAUAGAAAUUUAUUUGUUGAUGGAGAAGCACAAGCACCCGAUAUUCAGUUGUUUCAAAGUUCAUACAUGUUUUUGGCAUCAUCUCUUGAGGGACAGAAGAUAUUAGAAUCAAAUAUAAGUGUUCAACGAAAGUGUGGUGUUGAUGUUGAAAUUUUGUCUUGUAAUGGUUUGCUAAAUUGUUAUCCAUGGCUUAAUAUUGAUGGCAUUGUUGCUGGAAGUAAAUGUAAUGCAAAUGAAGGUUGGUUUGAUGGCUGGUCUUUGCUACAUGCUUUUCGAAAAAAAGCUACUUCUCUUGGUGUAGAUUAUAUAAAUGGUCAUUGCACGCAUAUAAAUAUAGAUUCUUUUGUGUCUUCAGUUCAGAUUAUGUUUGAAAAGGAGAGUCACAUUCUUGAUUGCCGUCACAUGGUUAAUGCAGCAGGUCCAUGGGCUGGGGAGCUUAUGCAAUUAGUUAAUAUUCAUCUUCCAGUUUUACCUAGAAAAAGAUAUGUCUUUGUUUUUGAUUGCCCAAAUGGACCAGGUCGACGUAUGCCAUUAACAGUUGAUCCAACUGGCGUAUAUUGUAGACCAGAAGGAAGUGGGACUCUUUAUUUAGCUGGAUGUAGUCCUUGUGAAUCUGACGAGCCUGAUUGUUCGAAUCUAGAUGUAAAUUAUGAUUACUUCAAUGAGGUUAUCUGGCCAGUGCUUGCAACCAGGUUUGUUGGAAUGGAAACACUGAAGCUGAAACAUUCUUGGUCAGGAUUUUACGAUUAUAAUACUUUCGAUCAAAAUGGAAUUAUUGGACCACAUUCUGAUAUACCAAAUUUAUACUUUGCCAACGGGUUUUCUGGUCAUGGCAUACAACAAUCUCCUGCUGUUGGAAAUGCAAUUAGCGAAUAUAUCAUUGAUGGAAAAUUUAGUGUAAUUGACUUACAUAAGUUUAGGUACGGUAGAAUUCGCGAAAACGAACCGAUACGUGAAAUUAAUGUCGUCUAGUGAUUUUUGUUAUUUGUUGAUGUUUGUGUAUCGAAGUUUAAUUGACAAAAUUUUGUAUACAAAACAAUCCCUUAUUAUAUAGAUAAAUAUAUUUUUACAAAUUUUUAA